AUGCAACCGUCAAGAGUUGCGGAUCACUUGAUUUCACUUGGGUCUAAACUUCAAGCUGGUGUCUUUUGGCUUGUCGCCCGGCCUAAACAUUUGACCGUUUGGGCUGAUGUCGUCCUCGGCCGGAGUUCAUCCCGAACAGAUGUUAAAAGUCCACCAAUACAUCCUCUAAAAGAGCUUGGUAACUACCGUCUGGUGGACUCCGUCCUUGCCACUUUUCCUCUUCCUCGUCUGUCUGUAUCUCUGUAUACAUGCAUGCAUGUCUGCAUCUGUGCUAGCCUUUUUCACUCUCUGUCCGGCUGUCGGUGUCUUCACAUAUCCUUAACCUUCACGACUUGCAUUAGGACAAAUGUUGUCUGUGACGGAAAGCCGCGUGUGGAUUUCGUUUUGCCUUUAAGCGACAGGAUCGAGAACAUUUCAAUGCGCAUUCUAAUUUGGACAAAACCGCCCAUCCUCCUACGAAUGGUGGUUAAUGUCGUCAAUGCGGUGCUGGGCCCAGAUGUUUUUGUGUGA